UUUAGUAAGACAGUUAGGAAUAUCGAAAUACGUUUCAAUCGUUUUCUACAUACGUAUAUCAUUAAAAAUUAUUUCUAACGUUUUUCACGAACAUAUGGAUCAUAUUAACUGUCUUGCGUAAUUUUUAUAUACGCGUAUAAAUCGUUUGUAAGAAUAUUGCGUAAUUAAACAAGACGCGCCAAAAUUUGAAUUGUUUCGCUAUUCAUCGUUUUUUAUAUAUCAUCGUUAGGCGCCAAAAGAAGCCAUGACGACAUACAAGAACACGUAGCUUAAUUUCUUCGAAUAUUUUGAAGAUUCUUCGCAGGAGAGGAGAAAAAGAGAGGUAGAAAUUCGUUUUAUUACUAUUAAAGUAGAAAUUAUUUAAAUUCUAGAACGUAGAAACAUAUUAUUUGCGCAUUGAUUUGUUAUCGAUCGUACGUAAUAUACGAAAUAUAAAUCGUGUUAUCGAGCUUCUUUUGUUGAAUAACGUUAAACAAGGUAACGUUUGGAAAAAAUCGAGAAUGACCUUGGUAAGGUGACACGAGCUAUUACGAUCAAGUAAUAAAAGUAUCGGUGCUUAUAUUCUACAUCGUAGCAGAACGAUCUCACGUUUCAUGUAAAUCGAUUUUGAGGUUAUGCCGUUGUUCUUUUGUUAUUUCAUUACGAUGGUAUCAAGUUUGGUACAGUGAUAUAGCGUAAUUCUUCGUGUAUAUAUAAUCGUCUGAGUUAGGACACAUUUAGUUGCUCUCGUCCAUGGGAUUUAUCGAUGAUGAAUUGCACGAAGUAUCAAAACUUUGUCAAAAUGUCGUCGAUAGUAGCCGUAUCAUUUCUUGUGUGCAGACUAUGGUUCGCGUCGAAAUAACGAAGACAGCGUUCAAGAAGAUCGUCGUGUGCAUUCAGUUUCCAGAAGAUUAUCCGUCCGUUCCCCUUUUAAUUGAGCUUAAAAGUAAGACUUUGUCGGAGAGAUUACUUGCUAAAUUAACAGACGUUUGCGAAAAAGAGUGCAAAAAUUUGUUGGGAAAAGCUCAGGUAUUACCGACCUUGAAGUUAAUUCGUAAUUUCAUUGAAGAGAAUCCACUUAUUUGUUGUUACGAUGAGAUCUCAUCCGUAAAAAAGUUGCUUCAAGAGCAAGACGAGUUUAAAUUGAAACAGAAGAAUUCCAGCAUCGGAUUAAGAAUUCAACAAGGAUUGUAUUAUUUUAAAGUUAAGAUAGAAGUACCGAACGAUUAUCCAAUUAGUUGCAUAAAUCUAGGAGACGUGGAGGCGAACUUUCCACCUGUACUUUCUCGUUAUUUUUUGGGUCAAGGUAAAGAAUUAGGUAGAAGAUGCGUAGAACCACCAUUGCAGACAGAAGCUCGGCAAAAAUCCUUUGCACCUUCUCCCUCUUUAGAAGUCGUCAUUUCCUUUCUUAUAAAAUCAGUAAAAACAUUGCCCACAGAAAAUUGUCAAUUGUGCAAGAUACCUUGUUUACCGGCGAAUCCAAAAGAAGUAGUGACAGACGAGAAAGCAAAUCUUCAUGUAGAAAGAUUAUAUUGCAGUCAUUUGUUUCAUUUACAAUGCCUCCUAAAAUUCAUGAAGACACCGCCAUUCCAUGGGGGUAAAAAAUGUCCAACUUGCGGACAGCCUAUUUAUCAUGACAAAUGGGGUGUCAGUGAGAAGCUCGCAGAGGAUCGUUGGGCACAUGAGCAAGCGCGAGCUAGGGAAUUGGCAGAGGUAGCUGACUUUUUGGAGUGAAUCCUUUACCGAUGUGCACAAACUUGUUGUUUAUCUCUGUCCGUGGUAUAGCUAGGUGAACGUUAAUGAAAUCAAAAAUCUGAUACCACAAUGUAUCUCUACUUUGAGGUUAUAGUAUUAAUGAAUUCUUUCCACUGAACGAUUUUGAUGUUACCGACCAGCAAUUAUUUUACAUUUAAUACUAUAAGAGUCCAUUAAAUAUAAGUGUUUACCGGCAGAUUCAUAAAUCAUGGCAAGUGCGAUACGAUGCGAUCGUUCUCACGUUGACAACAUUUUUUUGAAAUUAUAAUUCGAUUCGUCAUUAGAAUGAUAUUUAUGAAUAGAUUUUAAUUUCUCUUGAUAAAAUUGCUGAUGAAUACAGAAAACGCAUUUCGAUCGUUCGUUACAUGAUUUUUUAAUAUUUUUAUUAUUUUUAUUAUUUUUUCACAUAGAAAUACUUUAAAGCAUCAUAUGUUCGCCUGCAUAAGCUAGGACUUUGAUAUAUUCGUUAAUGAAGUAUCUGUUGAGAUAUUGUUAAUGUAGAUUUUAUUCGUUAUUGCGACACUGUUUAUUUUUUUUCAAUGAAAAUGCUCUUGAACGAGAAGAUACUAUACUUUUUACAACUAACUAAAUAAAUAAAUAAAUAAACAUGUAUUAACAGA